UGUUAUAUAUAGGUGCUACGAACACCCUUGUUUCCACAUCUUAGGCAUCCUCCGAGCUAGUUUCUUCAGGUUUCACUAGUCAACAUCACUACUCAUUCAUGGCUUUCAACAAGGCUUUCCUUGCGUUGCUACUGUUAGGUCUUGUGGCUGCAACUCAUGGUCGUGUUAACCUUUUGGGGCUCUUUGAUAAUUCUCCUUCUCUCUUUUGUCCACCAGUUGGACCAACGACAUGUGCAAGCUGCGACUGCAACGUAGAAUCUGGGAAUCUGUUGUGUAUUCGUAGAGACACGAGAAGAGGAGAGUGUCCAUCAACCUGUAGUGGAAAUUGCUAUUGCGACCUGUCUUUGUGCCCCCGUUGUUUCUGCGCCUAUGAGGUCCAGGCAUGCCCAAAAAGCUGCCCUCCCAGCCCUUCCACUGCUAUUAAAUUUGAGAAUCUUCUUAUUUACAAGAAUGAUUGAGUGCUGCAUAUAUGAUAUAUAUAUAUAUAUGUAUAUAGUGUACUCCUACUUAUGUUUGUGCCAUCUCAAUGCUUAGGUUGUUUCUAUCAUGUAUCCACAUGCUUACCUUGAUUGCCUCAAUCACAUGUUCCCAUGUAUGUUGAGGCUCCUAUAUGUACGGAAAAAGUGUAAGCUUAUCAUUUUAAAUAAAAUAUAAAAUUCGGUUUA